GCCAUUCCCACUCUCUCUUCGAUCUCUGCCACUGUUUUUCAAUGGCUUCCAACACCUUGAUGAGCUUCGGCAUUGCCACCACCGCCUUCCCUUCCGUCCUCUCCUCCUCCAAGUCUAAAUUCGCCACCGGUGUCCCGAUUUCCGGCGUCUCCGUUAAUGCUUCCUCUCGAUUUUCCAUGUCCGCUGACUGGAUGCCUGGCCAGCCCCGCCCGCCGUAUCUUGACGGCUCUGCCCCCGGUGAUUUUGGCUUUGACCCUCUUCGGCUGGGAGAAGUGCCAGAGAAUCUCGAGAGAUUCAAGGAGUCUGAGCUAAUUCACUGCAGAUGGGCCAUGCUUGCUGUUCCAGGGAUGUUGGUACCUGAGGCGUUGGGAUUGGGCAACUGGGUGAAAGCUCAGGAAUGGGCAGCUAUUCCAGGAGGCCAAGCUACCUACCUGGGGCAACCAGUUCCAUGGGGAACUUUGCCAACCAUUUUGGUCAUUGAGUUCCUUGCCAUUGCCUUUGUAGAGCACCAACGCAGCAUGGAGAAAGACCCUGAGAAGAAGAAGUACCCUGGAGGUGCUUUUGACCCAUUGGGCUACUCCAGGAACCCUGAAAAGUUGAAGGAAUACAAAGUCAAGGAGAUCAAAAAUGGUCGGUUGGCGUUGUUGGCUUUUGUUGGGUUCUGUGUGCAACAAUCGGCAUACCCAGGAACAGGGCCACUGGAGAACUUGGCUACUCACUUGGCUGACCCAUGGCACAACAACAUUGGCGACAUCAUCAUCCCCAGAACGAUUUCCCCUUGAAUUUUGUCUUAAAUCAUACCAAAUGUAAUUAAAUCUCUCCCUGUACUGAAUCUGAACUCGAUGGUUUUCCCUCCCUUUGCGCCUUUGAAUGUGCUCUGUAUCUUGAUAUUGGGCUUCAUUUCAGUGCAUCAAGUUACCAUUGGAGGAAAAACGAAGCAUCAUUUAGCAUAAUACUCCA